CGCAGAUUUGUAUAAAAGAACAGGAGUCGCUGGUCUAAGACAUUAUUCGAUUCGUUGCCUCUAAAGCAAACAGAUCUUCGAAAAUGAAAUUCUUCAUCUUGACUUUGGCUGUGGUUGGCUGUGUGUCUGCCGAAUCGGGCUAUAACUAUAAUGCCCCAGCUCCCGCUCCCGUGAGAUCGUACUCGGCUCCACAGGCUCAUCAGCACUUUGCCGCCUCUGCCCCUGCUCCCGUUUUCCAGCAGGCUGCCUCCGCUCCUGCCCCAGUGAGAACCUAUGUGCCCCCCGCUCCCGCCGCCUCUGCCCCUGUGCAGAGCUUCGCCCCAGCUCCCGCUCCAGCCCCAGUUGCUGCCCCAGCUCCUGCUCCUGUUUUCCAUGCCGCCGAGUCUGCUCCCGCUCCAGUGAGGACCUAUGUGCCCCCAGCUCCAGUCCACCAUGCCGCCGCCUCUGCUCCUGCUCCCGUCCAGACCUUUGCCCCUGCUCCCGCUCCAGUGGCUGCCCCAGCUCCCGCUCCAGUUUUCCAUGCCGCUGAGUCUGCCCCCGCUCCAGUGAGGACCUAUGUGCCACCCGCACCUCAGGUUCAUCAUGCUCCCGCUCCUCAGGUGCACCACCAUGCUCCCGCUCCCCAGGUGCACCACCACGCCCCUGCUCCAGUGCACCACCAUGCCGCCGCCUCUGCUCCCGUCCAGAGCUUCUCUGCCCCAGCUCCCGCUCCCGCUCCAGUGCAAUCCUUCGCACCCGCACCCGCACCUUCCAUCGAGUCCUCCGGUCCAGUGUUCGAGGCCGCCGCUUCCGCCCCCGCAGCUGCCCGUUCCGGAUACGACUACGCCCAGCCCGCGGCCAGCCAGCAGGGAUACAAGUACAAGACCGUCCGUCGCCGUGUGUUCAAGCACCGCGCUUAGGAAUGCUAAUGAUUAUGUUCAAACGAUUAUACAAAACGACAAUAAAAGCGCAGUAAAAAAUUAUGAAAA